UCCCCGUGCGUCGCAGAAAAGAAAAGAAAGUAAGAAAUUUUUACUGUCUUCUUUCGUGAGUUUUCUACUUUUUUUUCACACAGUUGAUCAACUCAGUAUUCCGGUUACGCAAAGGCAAGUUUCGUCGCGCGCAAUAUCUGUGUGCUUGUGAAAGAAAGCGCCACCACAGCGCACCGGGAAAGCAGAAGAGGCGCGUCCAGAAUGUACAACGGCACUGGUUCUCUGUUAAGGAUGGAACCCACUGUCCCGGUGGUCAUGUUCAUCUUCGGUGUGAUAAGCAACCUGAUCGCCAUCGUCGUGCUGUGUAAAUCCAGGAAAGAGCAGAAGGAGACGAUAUUUUACACGCUGGUGUGCGGCCUCGCGGUCACGGAUCUUUUGGGCACGGUGCUCGCGAGUCCUGUCACUAUUGUCACGUACGUGAAGGGCUCGUGGCCUGCGGGAGAGCCUCUGUGCCAGUAUUUCGGAUUCGUCCUGCUCUUCUUCUCUUUGGCCGGCCUGAGCAUCAUCUGUGCCAUGUCUGUGGAGAGGUAUGUGGCCAUAAACCACGCAUACUUCUACAACCAGUAUGUUAACCAGAGGCUGGCGGGCGCCACGCUGGUCGCCAUCUACGUCUCCAACGGUGUUUUCUGCGCCCUCCCGAGCGUGGGCUUCGGCCGGGUCACCAUGCAGUAUCCGAAGACAUGGUGCUUCCUAGAUUGGAGGACCGAGGAGAAUAUACAUGCCGCCUUCUCGUACAUGUACGCCGGUGUCAGCGUCGUCCUCAUCCUGGCCACAGUCAUCUGCAAUGUGGCGGUGUGCGGCGCGCUGAUGCGGAUGCACCGCAGGUUUGUGCGGAGGAUGUCUCUGGGCAGCGAUCAGGGGAGAGCCACGGAGAUCGGCAGGAAGCGCAGCUGUAGGCGCCUGGCAGGAGCCGAGAUCCACAUGGUCGUGCUGCUCAUCGCCACAUCUGCCGUAGUGCUCGUGUGCUCCAUUCCUCUCGUCGUGCAGGUGUUCAUCAACCAAAUAUAUAAGAUUCCAGUGGAGAAAAGGUUGGACAAAAACCCAGAUCUUUUGGCUAUACGAUUUGCUUCAACCAACCCCAUUUUAGAUCCAUGGAUCUACAUACUACUCCAGAAAGCGGUCCUCAUCAAACUCACAAAAAACAUCAAUUAUCUGUUCUGCAAGAUCAUUGCUCGUGGGCAGCAGAAACAGGCCAAUUUCCACUGGCUGGAGCGACAGCGAAUGUCCUCCAUUAUCUCCAGAGACUCGCUAUCACUUGUGUCUCAGAAUAUGAGGGAGGUCAGAAGCACUUCACAGACUUUUCUUUAUUUCUCUGCAAUAAAUGAGCCUUACAAAGACACCUGCAGUUCAAGCUGCAUUAGGUCCUCUCCAUAUUCUUCCAAACACCUUGGCUCAGUGUUUACCAACAGGAACCAUUCAGAGAGUGAGGCAGAAACAUGCCCUGUUAACCACACAAGUCAUCCUUCAUGCUUAAAAGAACCAGAUCCACAAAUGACAUUAACUUUGUGAAUUUCCAGGUGAAAAGUAUUUAGUGCUAAAAAGCCAGGUCCGGUGGCAUCUGUGAGCCUGUUUGCAUUUAUAAGUAUUUUUGUUUAAUUGCAUUUGUAGCAUUUUAAUGGCAGCUGUAACAUGAGUUUUUAACAAAGGAUAUUUAGAACCAGUCAUGUCCUACACUACAAAUAAAACUCUCAAAUACUCUGAAAAUCCCUAGCUACAACUACAUACUAGCUACAUACAAUAAUGAUACAUUUAUUUUUCCAGCAGGGUUCAAACUGGUCACAGCAUGAUCAGAAAUAAAUUGUGCACAAACAAACCUACCAAAAACGUUUGUCUUAAAAAUCAGGGUGGUAGUUUUUGAGCGUUCCACUUCCCAAAGAAAUGUUAUUUUCUUGCAUAAAUGUAUGUGAGGUGCAAUGUAACUAUAAUUUAAGCCCCAGUAAGCAUGGUGAUAAACUCAAAACAUCCUCUGCAAAAGAAUGUGUAAGGAUGUCAUGAGAAUGAGAAGCUCAUAUUAGUAGAAUAUAUGUAAAUAAAAUUUAUGAUUUUCUUCCUUGUUCUUAAUCAUCCUAUAUAUUGUAAAUUUUCAAUAAUAAAAAUAGAAAAACUUUUUCAUGAUUUAUUUGUAUUUUCAAUCCAUUUUAUGUAUAUCAUACCAGAAGAAGGCUAACAGAAGGAAUCAACUAUCCCAAUAAUCUAACCCAUAAUCGUACUACUUGCUUCCACUCCUCAGUGGUCACCACUCCCUAGUCCAUACUGAUCUCCUUCACAGGAAUGUGCACUGUACUUACAAGGUUAAAGUUGCCUAACAAUCUUUGCACUGCUUGGACUAGUCACACUGCAUGUAUAAGGAAGUAAAACAUUUGUUUCUUGAAGCUAUGCAACUUUCCUUACUCCCACUCCUGCUGAGUUUGCUAAAUUGAAGUGUUCAGACUCAUGAGAUUUGGCCUGAAUAAGUGUGGGGAGUAAAAAGGGAAAAAGGAGUAAAUAGAGUUCAUACAUUUUUUAAAGCUGUUUAGAUGACCUAUGAUUUGUGACUUGACCUAUGACUUGUCUUUUUUCCAAAUAUACAAUACAGGCCCAAUGUCUGAACCUUUAAGAGUUGAUAUAAAGUUUAUGUAAUGCUUUUUAAUCAUUGCACUUUUUUCUUUAAAAUUUCAAUAUGGCUUGCAUUAGUGGUAGCAGUAUGGGUGCCAUGCAUGUAGACAUGUAUUGUCCUUCUUUCUGACAGGAAUCUGCAAUUUGGUCUUUUCAGCUGCUCAAUUACUCAACAAAAAAUGAGUGAAUACACAAACUUAAAUUCUUUGGGUGCAAUAUAAAUGACACAAUCCCUUUAACAGGUGUUCACCCCCUUGAACUAGUGUUACAACCUGGAAGAGAAACUGAUUUAACUAUGAUUAUACACCAUGAAUCUACACAAAAUAACCCUCAAUUCUGAAGUGUUUUGCAAUGCUACAUUUCCUGUAGAUAUGAAUAAGUGUUUAAAUGUAAGUGUGGAAAGGUGCCACCUUUCGCUCUGACCAAGAUAAAGGGGCUACUGAAAAUGAAUUAACGAAUCAUAUUUUCUUAGGAGGAAGACUGGCACACAGCACAUUUGUGACUGACUUUGAGAAUAAGCAGACUGUACUCCAGUAAGGCUAACUACGCAUGUGAAGAUGCAUGAUGAUAUUAAUCCUAAAAACAAACAUUCUUAAGGUUCAGGAUGCAGACAGUUUUCAAGCCAUGGCCACAUUCCCAUGCUAAAGAUAUCACUAUUUACAAGUUUUAUUUCAGAGUAAAUAUACACUAUUUGGCCAAAAGUAUUUGGACCUCAUCCUCACAGCCAUAUGUGGGCCUUUCCCAAACUGUUGCCACAAAGUUUGAACCACAAAGUUGUCUAGAAUGUCUUUGUAUGCUGUAGCAUUAAAAUUUCCUUUCACUGGAACUAAGGGGCUGAGCUUUUUAUGGCCCAGUUUUGGUCAUACAGUGUUGUGACCAAGUAGCUACGCACAAGCCUAAGUAUUGCCUCACUAUGCGCAAUGCCAAAUGUCAGUUGGAGUGGUGUAAAUUACAAUGUCACUGGACUCUGGAACAGUGGAAACAUGUUCUCUAGAGUUGCAAAUCUGGCCUGGGUUUGGUGAAUGCCAGAAGAACACUACCUACCAGAAUGCAUAGUGGAUUCAUAGAGGAGGGAUAAUGGUCUGGGGCUGUUUUUAAGGGUUUGGUCUAGGACCCUUAGUUAAACUGAAGGGUUAUGUUAACAUUAAUGCUACAGCAUAUAAGACAUUUUAGACAACAGUUUGGAGAAGGCCCUUUCCUGUUCUAGCAUGACUGUGCCCCUGUGCAUGGUUUUGGAAUGGAAUGUCCAACAAGCUCAUAUAGUUGUGAUGGUCAAGUGUUCACAUACUUUUGGCCAUACAGUGUAUUACUACUUAAUAACUAGUGCUUUCGUAAUGAUGAGUUAAUAUGUGCGCUAAUCCUAAAGCAUCAUGAAAUAGUGCAUAAAAUAAUAGGGGGCACAGUGGCUUAGUGGAUAGCACUGUUGCCUUGCAUCCCCCAGGGGUGGGGGCUUGAAUCCCACCUCCGCCCCCGUGUGCACGGAGCUUGCGUGUUCUCCCUGUGCUUCGGGGGCUUCCUCCGGGUACUCUGGUUUCCUCCCCAAGUCCAAAGACAUCUGUUGUAGACUGAUUGGCAUUUCAAAAUUGUCUGUAGUGUGUGAGUGUGUGUGAAACCCCGUCCCGGGUACCCCCCGCCUUGUGCCUCGAGUCCCCUGGGAUAGGCUCCAGGCUACCCCACGGCCCUGUGUAGGAUAAGCAGUACAGAGAAUGGGUGGAUAUUUAUGUACACAAAUACCAGAUACUUUUGGCCAUACAGUGGACUUUAAAACAUUGUACCGAAGCAUACUAAUCUCCUGAAUCUUUUCAUUAUUUUUUCUAUCCACAAAUGUAACAUUUCAUUACUCACUUUUUGAUAUUAUAUGUACUGUUUACAGCACAAGUUCACAGGCUAAAUUUCUACUAUUGUUUUAACAAUAAUUUUGCCAUGUGCGGACAGAAAGGUCUAGGGAUCUAUUUCUAUAGCCAAAGCACACACACAAAAAUAAGGUAUAAGCAAGGAAUAAGAUUUUGAAUUGCAAAUUUUGGUGUCUUUGUGACCACCAGCACAGGUGGUAAUGUGUCACAGAGUGGCACAAAUGUAAAAAUGGGUAGGGUUUGUAUGAACACAUU